AUGCAAAAAGUGUGCAGGAUCCAGCGGAUCCACAUCCUUAGAGACUGCCUGAGUGACCCAGAGGUGGGGAAGGGAAUCCUCUACAGGUACGACGGCACUCUGCCGCUCAAUUACACCAAAGGUGAGGGAGCUGCUGUACCUUUUUGGAUACCCGUCAGAGGCACGUCCCAGCAGGAAGGGUUCCACUUCCACCUAGCACAGUGGGUGACAGGUAACCGGGUAUCCAGUGAGCUCUUCCAUGCCCAGGCUAUGACCGGAGUGAUGCGCUGGAACUAUCAGAGGUUGGUGGACCUGAAACCGCCUGGUGUGGAGUUGCCCGCUGUGUUCGACCCUCUGCUGAUUGCCCAGCUGAACACAGCAUCUGCACAGGUGACAGGGAAGGCCAAAUACCCUGCUCUUCAGGUGACCAACAGGGACACAGGAGAGAGGUUCGGGUUGCAGUAUGUGGAGCCAGGCUGCUGA